GAAGCGGCGUUGCUCAGACCCCGAAGGCUUCAUUGGAUGGAAGCAGCGUUGCUCAGACCCCAGAGGCUUCAUUGGAUGGAAGCGGCGUUGCUCAGACCCCAGAGGCUUCAUUGGAUGGAAGCGGCGUUGCUCAGACCCCGGAGGCUUCAUUGGAUGGAAGCGGCGUUGCUCAGACCCCGGAGGCUUCAUUGGAUGGAAGCGGCGUUGCUCAAACCCCGGAGGCUUCAUUGGAUGGAAGCAGCGUUGCUCAAACCCCGGAGGCUUCAUUGGAUGGAAGCAGCGUUGCUCAAACCCCGGAGGCUUCAUUGGAUGGAAGCAGCGUUGCUCAAACCCCAGAGGCUGCAUUGGAUGGAAGCAGCGUUGCUCAAACCCCAGAGGCUGCAUUGGAUGGAAGCAGCGUUGCUCUAACCCCAGAGGCUGCAUCGGAUGGAAGCAGCGUUGCUCAAACUCCGACCAUUGCACCAAUUGGAAGCGUUGCUCAAACCCCGAACAUUGCACCAAUUGGAAGCGUUGCUCAAACCCUAAACAUUGCACCAAGUAGCACACAAGCUUGAGAGUAAUUGUUAAGCAUUGAUGUUUCUUUGGCUAUUUACAAAGAAAAACUUAAGCCAAACAACUAUUUUGUAGGCAAAUUCAUUAUUUCUAUAUUGUUUUUCUAAAUGAAAUGAUUUUCCUACAUUUUUUUC